UGGCAACAGUGAAGAAAGAUAGAUAGCUGUCUCAGCCAAUGGUAGCAUUGAAGGGGCAGGGAUGUUUCCCAGCAGGCGGUACCAGCCUAGUGACAGUCGGUGACAACCGGAGACAAGCGCCAGAGGGGGGCUUGACUCAAGCUUCCUGAGUACUCCCCCCACCCCCACCAAUCCCCUUUUUGGAUUCCUCCUCACCUCUCAGAAUCUACUAAUAAGUGGGCUCCUCCCUGGCCAGAACCCCCAUGGUAACCAUAUAAGGGUCUUGCUAAGUAGUCCAAGCUGGCCUCAAGCUAGCAAUCUUUCUACCUCAGCCUCCUGAGUAUCUGGGACUACAGCUGGAGCCACUGCCUUGCCCCCAGGAGACCUAAGACAUGGCACCUAAGAAGGCCAAGAGAAGGGCAGCAGCAGAGGGGAGCUCCAAUGUCUUCUCCAUGUUUGACCAGACUCAGAUCCAGGAGUUCAAGGAGGCCUUCACUGUAAUUGACCAGAACCGAGAUGGCAUUAUUGACAAAGAGGAUCUUCGGGACACUUUUGCAGCCAUGGGCCGCCUCAAUGUGAAGAAUGAGGAGUUAGAUGCCAUGAUGAAGGAAGCCAGUGGGCCCAUCAACUUCACUGUCUUCCUGACCAUGUUCGGGGAGAAGCUCAAAGGUGCCGAUCCUGAGGAUGUGAUCACUGGAGCCUUCAAGGUCCUGGACCCUGAGGGGAAGGGCACCAUCAAGAAGCAGUUCCUGGAGGAGCUGCUUACCACCCAGUGCGACCGCUUCACUCCGGAGGAAAUCAAGAAUAUGUGGGCAGCCUUCCCCCCUGACGUGGGCGGCAACGUAGACUACAAGAACAUCUGCUACGUCAUCACGCACGGUGACGCCAAGGACCAGGAGUAGAGGAUGUUCUUAGGCUUCUGGUGGCCUAGGCUUCCAGCCAGUCCGUCCCACACCCCGAUUCCCAAUAAAAUUCAACUGGUCUUUGUUUCUUA